AUGGGAGACGAUCUCCCGUCACUUCUAUUGUUACCCCCGCCUCCACACCCUGCAACCCGGCUCGCCCUUAACGCCGCAUAUGAACCUCCUCUCAAAGCCGCCAUCUCAAAACUGAAAACUGCAAGGAGCGGAAAGAAUGGCGCAACUUUGCUCGUCGGUUUAGUAUCACCCAUCCUCACUGGCAAUUAUGUGCGACAAAAGUCGCUUUCUUGGCCUCACGUCCAAUCUCUUCUAGCAGAUCUAUACAGCAUUAUAUCAGUCAUCUGCGUUCAACUAUCAGUUCCCACCGACAUCCACGCCGGUCCGGGAUCCGUAGACGUUCGUGUGGUUUUAGUCGACCAUGAUUUAUCUAAGCCUCUAACGAUCGACUCAAGACCGGCGAUAGAGCCGAAUAAUACGGUAAUAAUCAACCUCCCUACCUUCGUAUCUGCUUAUCAUCCUUGGCGAUACAUAUUUCAUGCCAACAACGAAUCUGGUUAUGAAUUACUCUCGACAUAUCUCAAACUAGUUGAAGGCAUUCAACCCUUGAAGCAAUCCCAAAUAGUUGUCGUCGAUGGUGGGCUUGCCGUAUCCGUCGGACCACCUGUCUCACCAAGAUUAUCUCCCCAGACUAAUACGCAACCCAUCGUAUGUUUGGGAGGUACCUUUGAUCAUCUACACCCCGGGCAUAAAUUGCUCUUAACUGCUGCUGUCCUCUUGCUGAAGGUGCCCGAGAAAGGUGCGCCACGGCCAUGCCAAUUUAUCAUUGGCAUUACUGGGGAUGAAUUGCUGAAGAGGAAGAAGUACGCCGAGUAUGUGCAGCCUUGGGAUGAGCGCGCCAUGAAUACAAUUGAGUUUCUAUCUUCAAUACUCGAGCUAUCGAAGAGUGGCUGGAAGAAGAGCCAAACCAUUCAGACUAUCAAGGACAAUGGAGAAUUUGUCGCUUUAUUUCGGGACGGCACCAUCGAGGUUCGCUGCGUCGUAAUCCAGGAUGCUUACGGCCCGACUAUCACCACCGAAAAUAUGGAUAUUCUUGUGGUCUCAGGCGAGACAAGAAGCGGGGGCAAUGCCGUGAAUGAGCGGCGGAAGGAGCUCGGCUGGCGGCAACUUGAGACAUUUGAAGUGGACGUCCUCGAUGCCGAUGGAAACGUGCACAAGUCAUCGGAAGCGCGAGAUUUCACCCAAAAGAUUAGCAGCACAGCUAUUCGGAAGCAAAAGGCCGAGUCACGUAUCUAG